AUGUCUAUACCAAGAGCUCAACAAAAUCCGAGUGACGAGGAAAUUGCACAGUUGUUAAAUGAGCAAACAUUACCGGGGUUUGAGUCUGAGACUAAAAAACCAAAAGUAUGUAAAAGUAUUGACGAGUUGGAAAUGUAUAUUUUAUUGCAAGAAUGUGGAAUAUUAAACCAAACCUAUUCAAAUAAAAAUGUGAACAAUUCUCAG